AUGCAAUCGCCAUCCUUACUUCGUAUGCCGUCUCGUACAAUCCAAUGUCUUUCUUCAUCUGAUCAAGUUCGUCUUGUUAAUAUUUUCAAUGCAUAUGAAAAAACUUGUACGGUUGCAAAAAACACUACUUUAAGAAAUUUACCUACUGUACAACACACAUCUAUACAUGAAUUUAUCAAUGAAAUGUCUUCCGAAUUUCUGAUCUCUAUCGAAUAUUUAAAACUUAUACCUGAAUUUAAUAAUCUCAUAAUGGAUGAUAAAGUAAGACUCAUAAAAAAUCACAUUGGUACAAUCGUUCAUAUAAAUGAACCUCUAAUGCUUCCGGUGCCGCCAAGUAAUCUCAUUGGAGCAUGGAUCAAUAUUUUCAAUUUUGAUACAACCAAACUUCUUAUGAAACGUCAUCAAAUUAUUCAACAGUAUAUCAUUGAUCCUAUUCUAUUAAAAAUUGUUCUCAUUAUUCUUGUUCUUUCAAGUAGCAAUUGUAGAAAUAUCAAUCAUAUUGAUGUGAAUCUAAUUUGUGAUGAUCCAUUAUCUAUCUUCCUAGCUCAAAAUAUUUAUGUAGAACUAUUAUGGAAAUAUAUUUUAUCACAUUCACUCAAUGAACAACAUGCAGUGAAAUAUCUUAAUCAAUUAAUGAUGUUUAUAUUAUUUGCACAAAACCUUCAUAUGGAAAUAGAUGAUUACAUAAAUCACUUUAAACAUGAAAUAAAACAAAUGGAACCAAUGAUGCAAAGCUUGUGGCCAGGAACAGAUAAUGAGAAUGAUAUGAAUAUCGCUCAAGAUGUUAUUUCAUAG